UGGGCUCGCGCAGGGUUUGUGUGCAGCGAGUGAGAGCUGGAGCCCAGGACCGUUAACAAGGGGCAGGAAGAAAGGAGAAGUGAGUGGCGCUGGACACGGAGAUCUGGGCAGAUAUACCCAUCCAACACUGAUGGUGACAAGGUGUGAAACUGUUUCUUUUGAGAGUGAUACUAAAAGUACAGCGAGCCAGGAAGCAGUGCAACCAAGAUCCAUUCAUGUUUUGAGUUAAGGUGCAGAUAUUAAUACCAGCAGCAAACCUUUGGCUCCUUCCAGCAAGAAAUUGUUCAUAUUCUGAUGCAUUAAACAAUAGCACCAAGCUGUGUUACAAACAAGCCACUUUCUCCAAAACUGCUGCCAGCACGCCAACUGAGGACAGGCAGCUUAUUGUUCCCCAUUCUUUCAUGACUGUUCCUAUGGCCAGCUGCUGGUUGCUGGGAUGGGUAAUCUGCUUAAGGUCCUAACCAGGGAGAUUGAAAACUAUCCACAUUUUUUCCUGGAUUUUGAAAGGUGGUAAAACUGAGAAAGGAUUGUUCAAACAUGGGUUAUGGCAGGAGAGCUGUACUGAAGACUAUUUCUGCAGGAAUGACUAUCCUGGUCUCCGAAAUGAGAUGCACAACCUACAGAUGGAGAGCGGGAGAUUUGGAACCAAGUGAAUGCUGUGCUGCAGGAUUCUGAAAGCAUUCUAACUGAGCUGCAGGCUUAUAAAGGGGCUGGACAAGAGAUAAGAGAUGCAAUUCAAAACCCCGGUGAUGGUCAGCUACAGGAUAGAGCAUGGAGUUCAGUGUGUCCCCUAGUUGGGAGGCUUAAGAGAUUCUAUGAAUUCUCUAUAAGAUUGGAAAAAGCAUUACAAAGUCUUUUGGAGUCUUUGACCUAUCCACCUUACACACCAACUCAACAUCUGGAACGUGAGCAAGCUCUAGCCAAACAAUUUGCAGAAAUUCUGCAUUUUACUCUCCGCUUUGAUGAGCUUAAGAUGAAAAAUCCAGCCAUCCAGAAUGACUUUAGUUAUUACAGACGAACAAUUAGUCGUAACAGAAUUAACAAUAUGCAUUUAGACGCUGAGAAUGAAGUAAACAAUGAAAUGGCCAACAGAAUGUCCUUAUUUUAUGCAGAAGCUACGCCAAUGCUAAAAACAUUAAGUGAUGCAACAACCAAAUUUGUAUCAGAGAACAAGACUCUGCCUAUAGAAAAUACAACUGAUUGUUUAAGUACAAUGGCUAGCGUAUGCAAAGUCAUGCUGGAAACACCGGAGUACAAGAGCAGGUUCACCAAUGAUGAAACUCUGCUGUUCUGUAUGAGAGUGAUGGUCGGCGUCAUCAUACUUUAUGAUCAUGUACACCCUGUGGGAGCAUUUGCAAAAACAUCAAAAAUUGAUAUGAAAGGAUGCAUAAAAGUUUUGAAAGAGCAGCCACCAAACAAUGUGGAGGGUCUUCUGAAUGCACUCAGGUACACCACAAGACACCUGAAUGAUGAAUCAGCAUCCAAACAAAUUCGAACCAUGCUUCAGGUUCAGUAACUCCUUGGGCAAGAGGAUCUCUGUCCUGACCUCAGAAGAUGUACAUGUUUACAUAAUUUAAUACAAGUUGGUGUUAAUACUUAUUUGUCUUAUUUACCAUAACCAUUCCCUCCUCACCACUUAACAUAUGAAGAAAGACCUUUAUAAUAAAAUUGGUGAAUGGCAAUUUUCUUUUUUCUUUUUAAAUAGCAUAAUAUGAAGCAUACCUGCAGCCUUAUAUUUGAUGUUGCAAAGUGCAGUUUGUUUUUGGCAGAAUUGAUGUACAAUGCUGUUUUGCUCCAGUAUGAAUUUCUCUAUAUUACCAUAAGACCCGGUACAUCUGCAAAUCUUCUUGUAAAUUUUGCUAGUUUUUAGUGUCUUAGCAUUCAGGGAAACAGUUCUUACUGUGACAAAGAUCAACACACAAACUUGUUGAUUUUUCAAAUUGUCUUACACGUGUUUGGUCAGUCAGCUACCAUGGGCAUAGAUCAUUGAGAUAUGCACCUAGUUCCAUCUGGUGCUCGUGUUUGGUUGGAAACAUGCUUUUGUGCUUUGAAGAGAUAGCAUCUCUUUUACUAGCCUGCAGCAAGGAAUUUAUGAAUCACUUUUACACUCUCUUAGCAUAUCUAUCAGUAAAAAAAUGAACAGAAUAUGAAAUUUGAAAAAGGCCGUAACAGUAAAAAGCCAUACCAUUUUAACUGCACUAUUUCUGUGCUAACAUUUCAAAUCAGACAAUUAAUGGAUUACAGAUGAUUUUCUUUUCUGAAUUUCACAACACUUAAGUAAGAUUGUAAGUCUAAUCUGGACUUAAUGGGCAUUCCAAAUAUAUCAAAUUGUGCAUUUUCCAUUAUGUGCACUUUCAGCUAAAAGAAAGGGGAAUACAAUACACAUGCAAAAAGAUAAAUAAAAUUGAUAAGCAACAGGGAACAUUGGUACAAGGUCACAUGCUCUUGGAUGAAUGUAAUUUCAGUCUUUGCCAAAUAUGUACUACAGACUGAUGAAUCAAUCUUCUGUCCAAAUGUUAUAUAGAAGAGUGUUAUGCUGCAAAGUGUUAUAAAAAUACAUAAUUUUAAUGAUUGAGGACAAAUAUUAAAUCUGGAAUAAUAUCUGCAAAAAAUAACUAGGGGAAGCAAAAUGCAAGGAAGGGAGAAUGAACAAAAUAACUUUAAGGAAAGUUAUAUAGGCCUAUAAGAAGACGGUCUGUUUCUUUAACUCCUUCACUGGUGCAAAACUAUAUUUCUAUUUCAGCAUAUUUUUUAUACAAGCAAUAAAAUUUCAUGUGUUGCAUUCUGUGAAUGAAGUGCACAUAAAUUAAAUGCAAUUUAAUAAGAAUUAUAACAAAAUCUAGCAUACAUGUAUUCUACAAAUAGGGAAUAUGUCGCAGCAACCCAUAUAGUAAUAUUUGUUUCCAUAAAUGUGGCUGAGUGAAUAAUCCACAAUUGAUGAAGUCAUGAAUAGUCAGCAUCAUGUGUGAAAGUAUAAAUUAUAGUACAUGCAUGCCAACAAUAUAUUCUAUUUAUACCACAGGUUUACCAUUGUUAAAUUUAAAAAAAUAAUUUUAUCUUCUCUUAUUAGGGUAACAAUGGUAGUAGGGAUUUCUAAGGCUGCCUAUUUGGUCAUGCAAGCUGGCUCUCGUCUCCUUGAAGAGGUGACUAGCCACCAUCAUGAACUGAGGAAAAUAUCCUUGGGGCAAGUACGGAUUCCCCUCUCCAAGCAUUAUAUUUUACUUACAUGUUAUACAUUUGAGAUUCUAACUCAAAUGGCCCAUUGUCCUUCUGAAUAUAUUUUUUAAAUGUGAGCAAAGUUAAAGUUCGCAGGUUUGAUUUUUAUUGGCCACCUGAAUGCUCAAACUCUUGUUAUUGUGAAGCAUUGUAUAUGUAUAUGAGGCCUCUCCAUUACAUUUGGAGUAACUUGCAAAGAGUAUAAGGUUGGAGUUAGUUGAGUAUUAAAAUUUUAUAAGAUUUUUACUUUCUUAAAACACAACUAGAAUAAUGCGUUACAAAUCUAGAAAUGUUCAGUUAUUUCCAUGGUAAUGAGUAUUUUAUUGGGAAAAUGGCAGCAAAGUUGCCUGGACCAAGAGUGGUAAUAUAGUAGGUCCAACUCUAGCAAUUAAUGUUGCAUACCUGUGGAAAAGUGAAAAUACUUUCAUGGUUUGUUAUCAACACCACUGGUACAAGUUAACACUUGUAUAAAUAGCCUACAGAAUUUAGUGACAGAGUGGCAAGAAAGGGGGUUAAAUCUGAUUGCAUCCAUUUGGCAACACGACAUUAGGUGCCUUGAGAGCUCUGCCGCUACAAUUUGAUACGGUUUAACACUGUGACCGAUUUGAGCCAGGUGAAUACUACUGCAGUGUAAGAUGUCAAAAAGGACCCAAGCUCAUCAUACUUUGUAGUAGUAUGUUGGGAUGGGUUUAAUUAUAAUGUCAGAUUCAAGAAUGUCCCUUUUAAACAGGCAAAAAUUUUACUUGUAAGCCCAUAGAGUCUCAAUUCCAGUACUAAUGAUAGAAUUUCUUUUGUAGUCCGGCCUUUAAUUAAAAUUGCAGAGUUGCCAGCACAGUAUUAGAAAGUCAGCAACUUUUGUGAAUACAUGAUUAUCACAUUCUGGCAUUAAAUAUAAGUUUGAGGAAUUAUUUGGCAAAAUUCUGUUUUUUGAAUGGUAUUUUGAAUGCACUGGAAAAUGGAUAUGUGGCUUAAAUGCAUUCCCCAAAGAAGUAAUAUUGCCACUUUAAAAAGUGUGUAAAGUUGGAACAUUGAUUUAAAGGGUCAGGCCUUUUAAAUGGUGGCAAGACACUUCAAUUCCAUAGUACUAAAACUGUGUUCAUCUUAUGUGAGAUUUGCUAUCUUAUUCCACUUUGAUUUAUUGUUGCAGUUUAAUAUGAGUAAUAAAAGCUUUGAUAUUGUUUGUGACACAUUGUAUAUUGCUCUGUAUUUUGAAUUCUAACUUAAAAUGGAUUAAAAACAAUGAAAAAUCAA